CAGAAAUUCCGAGGGGAACAGAAUCGGCUGCUACACCGGCUUUGAGAACUCGGUGAUUUAUAAACGCCCUGUCAGACUUUCGCACCGAAUCACUCGACGAAUGAUUAAGAUAAGUAACUGCCUAAUAUCUAACUUAUCUAAAGGUCUAUAAAUAGAUAGAGCAGCACGUGUUACUAACGUACAAAUGGUUAGGAUGUUAACGUUAGUCAUGUGCAUAACCAACAUGGAAUCUGGAUGAGCAGUCGCUUAUCCCCAAAUAACAUUAGAUCGUCUAUCUUCAUUAAGCCAUACCAACAUUUUAACGCUAACGUUAUGUAUAACUUGGAGAGGAUACCUGAAACAAGUUUGGAUAAACUCCAAACCAAUGGAUGCAGAAAUAUCACGAACUCUGACGGGACAUGUAAAGAUAAAGUCUCGAAGAAAAAAAUUAUUCUUCACUUUGACCUCAACAACACAAUCCUCGUGUCUGACGCAGUCACGAGACUAGGCUCUGUAACUGCUCUGGAAUACUUUCUGACUACGGUGACCUGGGGGCGCAUGACAAAAGGAAAAUGGGAGUGGUUGUCAGAUUCGCCCUCUCUACUUCAGCCGUGUGAUGGUGCUGUCACAUACUACUCCCAGUUUGGCAGGGUUGCAGGCUUUACCACAGCAGGCCCUGGUCGACGGUUCCGAAAGGUCCUGGAGGAACACCUGGAACUCCUUCGAUGGCCGUCACACUUGCGUGAAGACAAAGAGCUGUCUGUUAAGGGAGAAGAUGGGAAGCUGUACCAUUGGAUCCUUCCUUCCUUCUUCCAGAUGCUGCAGGACUUGACAUUAGAAGGUGUGGACUUCUCCAUCAUUUUCCGGACCUUUGGCGCAGACCUCCCUAGGGUUCUGACCGCUGUCCGACGUGCUGUUGAGCAGGGGUCUCAUCCGCUCUUUCCCGACCUCCCGGCUCUGAAGUUGAAAGUGAAUGUAACUGCUGGGCGGAUCAGGUGCAGUGGUAAGGGUGCAGUGCUGACACGUGGAGAGGAGCGCGUGGCCACGCAAGAAGGGGAGGGGCUUGUGUACCAGUACCUGAGCUCGGCUGAGGGUCUGAGUGGCUUUCAGGACCACUUUGACUGGUGGGCACGUAACACUUACUCCAUUUUAGGAGGUAAACCGCUUUGGAUUGACCCUUUCGACUCCAAGGUUCAGCAUAUCUUCAUUGAUGAUAAUAUUCGACAAAAUGACGAGGACACUAUCGUCCACCCAAAGGUGUUUUUGGACCCAGAGGGAUUACAGACUCGAACAGCCUCAACAUCGGAGCUGUAUGAUCUUUGCCUGGUCCAGAACGAUCUGUUGAAGGCCAUUUCUGACCCGGGAUAUUUUACCCAACGCAUCCUGAUCUGCAUAGAGAAUUAUGAGGGGAAUGUUCAAAAGGGGUAGCUGGACCAUACAAGAAAACGUAUAAGCAAAAGCAGACAAAUGAUGAGAUUUUGCAUAAACUACUGUGUCUACUUUAAUCAACACUGUUUACCUAAUUAAGGAUGUUACAUAUAAAGAAAUACAUUAUUUAUAUAGAUAUAUAGCUAUAUAUUUUACUACCAUGUAUUAUGGUUUUGGGUUAACUAAUCCGAUCACAAAGCUUUAGGGUUUCAAAGGUGUGAAUAAGGCAGACUGAAUGUUGAAGGAGCGAGGCCUUUGAACCUGCAUGUGACAGGUUGUAUGUCGGACAGCAUAUGCCAUGGUUGUCAUAGAUGUAAUAUAGGCUUAAGCAUUGGCAGCUGCUCUAUUGUUCUCUGGCGCAUGACCAGAGACAUAAACAUUUAAUGCCAUUAGUAUUCUCAGGGUUUGUGAACAUAUAGGGUUAUUUCUGUUUUAAUGCAUUUGUUUACAUUUAACAAAACAAGUUUGAUAUUGAUACACUAAGAAUUUUUAGAUUUUUUAAAUUUGCUGUUUUUGCACUUGUAUGUUAAAGCUCCUAUAGAUCCGUCUAACACCUAGUUUGAAGAUAUGAGACUAACCAAAGCAGAAUUUUGCGUUUUGAUGGUUGAUUAAGUUACUUAGAAGUUUACAUAUACAAUUGAGCAGUUUCACUUAUAUUCCUUUUUUAAUUGACUGCCUUCUUGCCAUUUGUUUGUUAUUAUCACAAAGAUUAUCAUUACAUAGGAUAUGUAAGAGCAAGAAGACUGCAAAUCUAGCCAUUGCUAUUAUCAGCAGCCUAUGUUGCAGUGUCAAAAGCUCAUUUUGUUAACUUAUUUCAGUAAUUAUUGCUUUAAGUCUGUAAAACGUAUAGUUUUCUUUCUCUUAAAAAAAAAAACGUACUAGUUCAUUUUGUAAGGUAUGUGUUGCACUACUGAAGAUUGUCAUUGCACAGCUGUUGCUUCAUAUGUUUACAAUUUUGAAUGGUUAUUAUUUAUUAUAUUUAUAUACGGUGUUC